AUGAGACUAUUCAUUGUACUCGCCGUCCUUUUCAUCUCAGCCGUCGUCGCUUUCAUAGAUCUUCCGUCAAGGAGCGAAACUGGCUGUCGAACGUCGAGAACAGGGUCCGCCCCGUGCCUGCAGCAUCGAGGGGUAGGCGGAGGCGACGUGAAUGAAGAUUCUCUAAACGAUGCUCACCAACAACCCGCCGUCGUCACGCACAACAGUCUCCCCGUCCACCAAAAACCGGAACCCGAUUCCAUCAUCUACACACACCAGCAACACUCCAAUCUCGACUCCGUGCCAGCCCGACGGUGGCUUGCAACAUCGAUGAGCGCGACGGGGCUGGUUUUGAAAGAGAAAUUUGGCACCACGUGGACGCUUCGCUCGCGCAUCAGCAAAGCUCGUAGCGAGGGCGCCUUGGGCUUAACGCCAUGGUACGGAAUGGCUUUGGGGUUGAUGUGUACGACUCUAGCGGCAGUGAUGUUGGGAUGA